UCCGCUAUUCCCUGCUCCCCAGGACACUGACCUGUUACACACAUACAUCUGCCCGUUCAGUCGCUGCAAAGAGACGUCACGAGGAGUGAACUGCCACAAGAUGAAGCCAUCUGAUUGGCUCUUGGUACUUUUGUCGCUUGUCUCGGUCGCCUCCGCGUUCGACAUUUGCGACGCCAAACCCAAAGACAUUCCUCUUGAGCCGCGCUGCAUCUACCGCACCCAGGAGCCUGAUGGCCCAACAGAGGAGCCGAUACCUGAAAACACCAACCCCCGGGUGUGGGAGCUGUCCAAGGCCAACAGCCGCUUCGCCUUGUCCAUCUUCAAAGAGCUGGCCAGCAGCAGGACCCCGGAGUCCAACAUCUUCAUGUCCCCCAUCAGUGUGUCCACGGCGUUCGCCAUGACCAAGCUGGGGGCCUGCGACCAGACGCUGGAGCAGAUCAUGAAGGUGUUUGAGUUUGACUCCGUCAAAGAGAAAACCUCGGAUCAAAUCCACUUCUUCUUUGCCAAACUCAACUGUCGUCUCUAUAGGAAGAAGGACAAGACCACGGUGUUGACGUCCGCUAACCGCCUCUUUGGAGAGAAGUCUCUGCAUUUCAAUGAGACCUACCAGAACAUUAGCGAGACCGUGUACGGAGCCAAGCUGAUGCCUCUCAGCUUCCAGGAAAACCCAGAGCUGGCCCGCCUCACCAUCAACAACUGGAUCGCUAACAAGACGCAGAACCGCAUCCAGGAGACUCUUCCCGAAGGAGUUUUGGACACAAACACGAUUCUUGUUCUGGUCAACACAAUCUACUUCAAGGGUCAGUGGAAACACAAGUUUGGCAAAGAAGACGUUUUCAGCUCUGACUUUCAUAUCAACGCUGGGAGAAAAUGCUCAGUCAGCAUGAUGUACCAGGAGACCAAGUUCCGAUACGGGAACUUCCUUGAGGACAAGGUGCAGCUGCUGGAGAUGCCGUACCUGGGAGAUGACAUCACCAUGGUGCUGCUCCUGCCGAGCAGAGACACAACACUGAGAGAGGUAGAGGCAAAUUUUGACUUGAAGAAGUUCAACACCUGGGUGGACAACAUGAAGGAAAUCACUGUCUCCGUGAACAUUCCUCGGUUUCAAGUGGAGGACAGCUUCAGUCUGAAGGAUAAGUUGAGAAAGAUGGGUUUGACGGACCUCUUCGAUCCAGACAAGGCCAGUCUGCCGGGAAUGCUGGAAGACGGAAGCAUGAGUCUUUUUAUUUCGGAUGCAUUCCACAAAGCUUUCCUGGAGGUGAACGAAGAGGGCAGCGAGGCGGCUGCAUCCACUGCCAUCGUGGCCGUUGGACGCUCCUUCAAUUUAGACCGGGAGAUUUUCCUGGCGGACCGUCCGUUCCUGCUCUUCAUCAGGGAGUCCACCAUCAACACGCUCCUGUUUAUUGGCCGUGUUGCCAACCCCUGUGACCAAUAAAGUCACAAUCGCUGCUGCUUCAAUGAUGCUGGAUUCAUGACACUUACUUUGGACUACCCCGUUCUUUUUUACUGAUAGAUAACAUCACUUCUAAUCUUUCCAAUCCCAAUUGUACCUUAACAAUGGCUUGGUGAUCCUCAAA